GUUUUGCCUUCUUCUGUAGUUGAAGUUCAAGAGGCAGAAUGGACUGAAAAAAACAAAGUGGCCCAAAGUAGUACAGUCAGCAGCAGUAAUAGUGUGGUUGCAGGAAUCAAUGUAAGCCCAAGAAAGAACAUGAGGGGGGAGGCUGCCUCUUCCCGCCGCUCAUGUGAUAACUCCAUGUCUGAUGACCAGUCUGCUACUCUGCCACUCCUGCAUUUAGUUAGACAACUAUUAAGAAAUGCCUCCACUCAAACACUGAUGAGAUUACAGGCUAUUGCCCCAGAUAGCAUGUCUAUGAUAUCUUCGGCUGUGUUGGUAGAUGGGCACAAUGACAGAAGCGGUGCCCUUGUGGGUGCUACUACGGGGAUACAAGGGCAGUUAUCCCCUUCCAUUCAGUUGCUCUUGAGGUUUCAGAGGUUACUAGUGAGUCAGCUGUUUCCUGUGGAGAGUAAUGUUAGUCCCAAACACAUAAUGCAAGAGAAUGAAGUUGAAGGAGCAGGUUGGCUGCUAAGGAAAUACUUAUCUCUUCUUGUUGGACAUGUGUCUGACACUCUCUUCAUUGCUACCUCGCUAGCCACUAUCAAUGCCCGCCUCACAGCUCUCACCUGCACCAUCCUGCAGAGAGACAUAACAGGUCUCCUCCUGAGUGAGCUCUUCAUCUCGUUACUUGUUGUGUCUGUUCACAACCCAAAUGUUGUCCUGUCGUGUGACCUUAUCUCACCAUUGCUAAGUCUACUGGAACCACUUGACCGCUUCAAUCAGCUCUCUCCAGGUGCUGACAGAGAAGACACAGAAGAUAUGGCCUGGCCUGGCAUUAUUGUCAAUACCAUUAAACAGACGGAAGAAAUGCCAGUAAUUCGUAAAGCUGAUUUGGAGAAUCACAACAAAGAUGGAGGCCUGUGGAUUGUAGUUAAUGGAAAAGUAUAUGAUGUUCAGGAAUUCAGAUCAACAGCCCCAUGUGGUAGUGAUAUCUUACAGUACUAUGCAGGUCAGGAUGCCACUCAGGUCUGGGAAAUGGCAAAUCAUUCUGCACGUGCCAAGGAAAUGAUGGCCAGUUAUUUUGUUGGCAACUACAUGGAUCCUGAGCUGGAAGUGGUGCAGGUGUUAGAUGCAAGUACCCUUUCAUCGCCACUAGUAGACACUGAGCGUGCUCUAGCCAUGUUGGUAGGAGUGUAUGCAAGUUGUCUUGCACGUGGUCAGCCAGCAACACCUUGGGAACUAGGACAUGAGAAAUGGAUUUCUGCUGAGUUCAUGAGAGCUGGGUGUCAGACUGUUCAGCCACCUGACCCAUAUGAUGAGGAGAAAGGUGAAGCCAGAACUGGUUCCUCUGCUACCACUCCUGGUUCUGCUACAACUCCUGGAGAUGUCAGACUUCCUCGCCCAAUAGAUCCACUCUCACACAAGAAAUCGAGAUCACAAGGCCCAAAUUCAAGUCCUCAAGUGGAAAUAGAUUCUUAUUUCACAAACAUGGCUGAUUAUUUCCUUUCAGCUCUGAUGGAAGGAAAAACACAGGAUCCUUAUGUUCAAAUGUUUCUCUCUGUUUGUGAUCGAGAAAUACGCCACUUGGGACGUCACUCAAUGCAUACCAACUUUUCACUAGAUCACCCAAUAGAGGAAGCUGGACGUCUCAUGUCUGCAACACUCUUGCGGCACACACACCUCACACCUCAGCUUAUUGAGGUUCUUGAGCAAGGUGAAAAUACAUGAUUUCAGUUAAUUUUU